CUCAGCGGCACUCGGAGGGGCCGAGAGAACGGGGCUGCUUUAACGCACCGAAACACCCGUGUCCCUCGUAUCGGCCCCUGCAAGUCGCAGCUGCAGCCACCAGAGCUCAGCACCAGCACCCUCUGGGGCAGGGAAUUUCCCCUUCGGUUUCUAUGCUAAGAGCGAAAGCCUCACACGGCCCCGAGGCAGGAAGCAAAGCGGCAGCGUCGGCUCCAGGCAGCUGAUGCGCUAACCCGAGCUUUAAGCUUAGCUCUGAAGAGCACAGGAGAUGAUUCCAAGGCCCAGGUGGGUGACUGCUGGCUCCUCUCCCUGCUGGCUGGGUAAAGGUAGGUGACUUUCCGUGCCUCAGUUUCCCCUUUCUCUUUAACUCGGAGCCUGGUGGGUAUCUGUGUCUGUGGUGCCCCAUAGCCCUGCCUGACUUAUCCGCUGUAAGACAGCUCAUAUUCAAGCUAAUAUCCCAAUAAUCCAAGUUAAUACUCACUCUGCCCCUUCUAAAUCCUCCAUGGAGCACAGCAGCCAAAGCAGAAUCCUCAGCUGAGUGAUGAAAACCUACUCGGCCCUCCGGCAUCCUGGAGCUUUCCCCAUCACCUUCCUCCUUCUCCACCCUCCUGUGUGCCUCAAGCUCAGCCUCUCCUGGGGCACACAGGAGGUUUGGAGGCUGCUCAUGCCCUGACAACAGGCUCAUUGUCGCCUUGUCCCUUAGGGGGGUUGAGUGGCUGUUUUCCACCAUCGAGCUCUCACCUGGCUUUGCUGGGAAGUCUUGGUGCAGAGUCUGAUGCUCAGGCUGAAGGUUCAUGGAGAUACCACCAUCCAGUGUUAACCACGGCCAGAGGACCGGAGCAGAGCAUCAUGAAGCACCCUGAGAGCCACCAUCCCUGAGACACCAUCACGGCAGGGAGGAAACCACAGGGAGAAAGGGGAAAAUGAGGCUUUUCCGGAGACGCUACAGCCCCUUGAAGGUGGCUUUGGCCGGCGCCGUCUUCGUCAUCUUCCUCUUCAUCCUGCAGAGGGAUGUGGGGAGCAAGGACCCACGGGAGGAGCCCUGGUUGAAGAACAUCGUCCAGGGGAAGGACCAGGUCCUUGACCUGAUGCUGGGAGCCGUCAACAACAUCCGGGACUCGAUGCCCAAGCUGCAGAUCGGAGCCCCGGUUCGGCAGGAGGAGCCGGCCCCCAGCGCUCGCUCCUGCCUGCCUGGGGUCUACACAGCGGCAGAGCUCCGGCCCCUGAUGGAGAGACCCCCCCAGGACCCUGCCAGCCCCGGGGCCGACGGCAAAGCCUUCAAGAAGGAUCGAUGGACCCCGGAGGAGACGAAGGAGAAGGAACGGGGCUAUGAGAAGCAUUGCUUCAAUGCCUUCGCCAGCGACCGCAUCUCCCUCCAGCGGGCGCUGGGACCCGACAGCCGCCCUCCCGAGUGCAUCGACCAGAAGUUCAAGCGCUGUCCCCCCCUGCCCACCACCAGCGUGGUCAUCGUCUUCCACAACGAAGCCUGGUCCACGCUGCUGCGGACGGUGUACAGUGUCCUGCACACCUCCCCUGCCCUCCUGCUCAAGGAGAUCAUCCUGGUGGAUGAUGCCAGCACGGACGACUACCUGAAGGAGGAGCUGGAUCACUACGUGGAGCAGCUCCAGAUCGUGCGGGUCGUGCGGCAGCAGCAGCGCAAGGGGCUCAUCACAGCGCGGCUGCUGGGGGCCAGCGUGGCCAGCGGCGAGGUCCUCACCUUCCUGGAUGCCCAUUGUGAGUGCUUCCAUGGAUGGCUUGAGCCCCUCUUAUCCCGCAUUGCCCAAGAGCCGACGGCCGUUGUGAGCCCCGACAUUGCCACCAUCGACCUCAACACCUUCGAGUUCUCCAAGCCUGUCCAGAACGGGAAGCAGCACAGCAGGGGCAACUUCGACUGGAGCCUGACGUUCGGAUGGGAGGUCGUCCCACCCCGAGAGAGGCAGCGGAGGAAGGAUGAGACCUUCCCCAUCAAGUCCCCGACCUUUGCCGGUGGCCUCUUUGCCAUCUCCAGGUCCUACUUUGAGCACAUCGGCUCCUAUGACGACCAGAUGGAGAUCUGGGGGGGUGAGAAUGUGGAGAUGUCCUUUAGGGUCUGGCAGUGUGGGGGUCAGAUUGAGAUCAUCCCUUGCUCCGUUGUGGGGCACGUCUUCCGCUCCAAGAGCCCCCACACGUUCCCCAAGGGCACCCAGGUCAUCUCCAGGAACCAGGUCCGCCUGGCCGAGGUCUGGAUGGAUGACUACAAGGAGAUCUUCUACAGGAGGAACCAGCAAGCUGCCCAGAUGGCCAGAGAGAAGACGUAUGGUGACAUUGCAGAGCGGCGCCGGCUGAGGGAGCGGCUGCACUGCCGGAACUUCACCUGGUACCUGCACACCGUGUACCCCGAGAUGUUCGUCCCCGACCUCACCCCAACCUUCUAUGGGGCGAUCAAAAACGAGGGCACCAAGAGCUGCUUGGAUGUCGGUGAGAACAACCACGGUGGGAAACCCCUCAUCAUGUACCCCUGCCAUGGGCUGGGGGGCAACCAGUACUUCGAGUACACAAGCCAGAGGGAGCUGCGGCACAACAUCGGGAAGGAGCUUUGCCUCCGGGCAGGAACGGGCUCAGCCGAGCUGCGGGAAUGCCAAUACAGAGGGAAACCAGGGCGAGUGCCAGCCGGUGAGGAGUGGGACCUGGCACAGGACCGGCUGAUAAGGAACCCGGCCUCUGGGAUGUGCCUGACAGCGCGAGGGAAGCACCCAGGGAUGGCUCCGUGCAACCUGGCAGACCCCCACCAGCUCUGGUCCUUCACUUAGGGCAGCCCAAGCCCCCCCCGGGCUGCCCCCAACCACGCUCAGGAGAGCAGGAUCCAAACCAAACUUCCUCCUUUCUAAUUUAAGAAGCAGAAGCCUUAAAUAUGCUGCAUUUUAUGGUUGCCUUGAGCUCAGUCCUGUGCCUUUGGAGCGGGGGAGCCUGGUGAGCCGAGCUCAGCCGGCUGUACCCCAUAGAUCCUGCACCCAGCCCAAGGAUGCUCUUGGGUACCUGCUGCUCAUCCUCCUCCUCCCUGGCUCCAGCCUCUGGAAUUCACAUUGGGCAUUCAAACCCUCCCUGCUAGUGAGGAGGAGGAUGGGGAUGAGCAGCCCAUACUGGGGGAAGCUGGAUCAUGGGUGCUCCACAUGGACAAGGGAAUUCCGCCCUCCAGGAUCCAGCCCUGUGGUGCUGCCAGGAUGCUGGAAUUGGGCCCAAUUGAGCCCAAUGAGAGCCCUUUUAUUGCUCCUUUUGUUCUGAUGGGGACUCCCGGGUCCCAUUCAGCUGGAGGGGGCUCCAAUGCGCGGCUCCAAUGCACCACAGCAUCCUCCUGGAGAGGUCCCACCAGUGCCGGGCACAGCAUCCCUCCUUCCCUUGGUCCUCCUCAAGCCCAACUACUGUAGCUGCCACCUCUUUGCCAUUUAGAGUGAGGGGAAAACCCCUCCUGGAAGUGGCUUGGGGAUGGAAGAACCAUCUUUGGAUAUAAGACAUGGAAUAA